GCGACCUGCCAGACCUGCUCUAAUUGCCUUACCACAAACCCAUUAAGCACUGCCCUCAGCCUCCCCGUGGCUCAGCCUGCUGGGUCCCUCCUGCUCCGUGGGGACUGUAUCUCAAUUUGCUUUAUCCCCUUUUGGAGGUUGGGAUGUGCACAUCCAGCAGGCUGUAUGCACUCAUCGGGUCUCAUGGGACCCUAAAACUGUCCUACAUUUAUUUAUUUUUGGUGCCUUAGUGAUCUGGUGCUGGUGAUUCUGUUCAGCAGUGCCUUUGCUCCUUUGCAGCCUUUCCUCCCCAGGGCUGGCCGUGGCUGUGCUGUGGUUUCUCACCUGGAUGUCAGAGCUCACAGCUGUGACUUUUGGUCUUUCCUUCUGACGUUUGCAGGUCGGGUGCUGAGGGGAUGUGUGUGGCUGGUGGUGUGGGUGCUGCUCUUGCUGGCUGUGUUGGGGGAGCCCGGUUCAGCACCCAGCUGUAGGGUGUGGGUUGUACAGUAGCAUUAAAGGCUCAAGGUCCCCAGCCGUGCUGCUCAGAUCCUCGUGCCAACACCUGGCUUCUUUGCAAACAGCCUUUGCUUCAUUGGCUGCAAUCAAUAAUGUGUCUGCAGCAAAUCCCCACGCUGCAGUGGGUUCAAAGUUUGUGUUUGGAGAGAAAUGUUACGAGGCUGGAUGGGGCUGGUGCCUUUGGGAGCGAGCAGUGCUGUGGGCUGAGCUCCCCACAAUGUGCUCCUAAGGCUGGGACCUGCAGCACCUGGUUUGGGAAUGUUGUAUUUGUGCUGCUCUGGUGCUUCGGGCUGGAAGGAGCUGCCAUGAGGUGAUCCCUGGGCUGGGGAGUAGUGCUGUGGGCCUCCAGGCUCAGGUCAUUGCUCCAGGACCCUCAGUUUGGCAGCAUGAGGAAGGAAGGCAGGGAGCUGCCCUGCCCUUUGCAGCAACUGCUCCUAGGCAGAAUUUCCCCGUGAGCUUGGGUUUCUCUUCCUGCAAAGCCUUUCGCUUUAAUUAUUAACCAGUGCCAGGCUGUGCCACGGCUUUGUGGCCAGAGAUAAAAACUGGAAAGCAAAAAGACUGGGGGGAGCUGGGGCUGCACCUCCUGCCCUGGGGGCAGACAACCCAGUGUCCCUUUCCUGCCUUCCUGUCUGUCUGUCUGCAGGGCUCUGCAGCAGCAGCUUUGAAUGGUGGCAUUGUGCUGCAAAUCAUCACCGAGUGCUUGUGUGUUUGCGUGCACACACGUGUGCCUGAGCAGGGUCUGCAUUUGUGCUCAUGGCUGCAUCUGUGUGCAGGUGCUGUGCGUGCAGUGUGUGUGUGUGCAUGGCUGUAGGCUCUGUGUUUGUAGUGGGGAGCAAAGUCCCAGCACUCUCUGUGUUCGCUGCACCUGGGCACUCCCAACUCCUUUUCCAGGCUACUAGAGCCCUGCUGGCACAGGUACCAUCCUUCUAGGGCAGACCUGCUCACUCUCAGCCGUGUGCUUAUCACAUGUCUGCUGCUCCCAUUACAUUCCGGGGCAGCUGGGCACCGCAGGCUAAAAAUAAUGCUGGUAAAAUAGAUUGCUUCCUGCUGGCACGCAAGGCUGAGCCAUGCCCUGUAUCAGGGCUGGCCCUGUGCCACGGGCACCCACAGGACCUGCGUGCGUGGGGACACGGGGUCCGAUGGCAUCACACAGGUUGGGAUGCGUGGCUCAGUGCUGGGUUGACACCCUCCGCCCGCAGCCCUGACUCAGUUUUCCCACGGGGCCAUCACGAAUGGAUGCGGGAUGUGGCAACGUCAGCCCCACACAGAGAGGUGUCACAGGGGACAGGCACCCACGCAGGGCUGAGGGCACCCACCCUGUGCUGGGCACAGGGCUGUGGUGGCUUCUGGUUGGGGCUACGGUGCCACUGAGCAGUGUGAUGGUGGCACCUGGGGAUUGUGUGGAUGGGAAGGGUGGAGGCCACCCUGGAGAUGCACAUCCCUGGGGCUCCCAGGAUGCUCGCAGCCAUGGAAAGCAGUCCCCAUCUCCAUGUGUGUCCCUAUCUGUGUCCCUUUCUCUAUCAGUGACUCCAUCUGUGUCCCCAUCCCCGCUGCUGUGUGCUCCUCCCCGGGGCCAGCCCAGCUGCUUUGCCUUCACCUUCCUCUUCCUCCCCUAUGCCCCACCUGGCACAGGGAGGUGGCUGUCAGCUGAGGCCACUGGGCCCCUCCCCGGGGAUGGGCGCUGCUAUAAAGGCACGGGGACAGGUGAAGGGCAGCACAUAGGAGCCAGAAAUCUGCAGGUGAGUCUGGAGAGACUUGGGCUGGGGGGUGAGACUGGGUCUGUGGGAUCAUCCCCCCCACCACCUUAGGAUGCUGCUAACAGGCAGGAUCCUGCCUGGCUCCAGUGGUGCUUGGAGCACAGGUUGGAGGUGGGUUCUGAUGUUUGGGUGAUGUUUUUUUGGGCACAGAGCUGUGCAGGUCAUGGGGUGGAGGGAGUUGGUGGGGGGCUAAGGACAGCAAGAAGCAGUGAUGGAGGAGUUUUGUCCAUGGGGGUGUUGCCCAUGGGGACAUCUCCCGGCUGAGUUUGGGGAAACUAAAAGAGCCUCCGUGGGUGCCUGGGUUAGCCAGCACAUCAUACCUGGAGCAGGGUGGCUGCUGGGAUGCUUGUGCUUGUGCUCAUGCCCAGCAUGUGCCCCAGCUGCUGGGAUGUGACAGAGUCCUGAGUCAUGCCCCAGGCUACAGGUGAUGGCUGGGACACAGAGAUAGGAGUGAGCCCAGCCCUGUGGGUCCCUGAGGGGUGUUUGUGGCUCUGCACCAAGCCCUAAAAAGCCCCGACCCUGUCCUCAUCCCAUCCCCAUCCCAUUCCCAGGCUCAGCAGCAGCGAUGGCAACGCUCUACCCCUCACUGGAGGACAUGAAGGGCCACCAGGUCCUGCAGGCACAGGCAUCUGCUGGGAUUGGCACCCCUGCCACCACGGUGCUCACUGAGAAGCCAAAGCUCCCGGAGAAGCCAAAGGUCACCUCCAGCACCGUGCCCUCAGCACCACCCGCUCUGUACCCCAACCUGGCUGAGCUGGAGGAUUACAUGGGGCUGGCGCUUUCCAGCGAAGAGAUCCAGAAAAACCUCUUCCCAGAUAGCAGCACUGCGCUGACUCCCGUCGGGUCUCUGCCGGGACAGCUGGUUGCCCCACUGAGUGGGAACAGUGCGGGGCUGCGGCGGGCAGAGAUCAAACCAGGUGUGCGGGAGAUCCACCUCUGCAAGGACGAGAGGGGCAAGACGGGGCUGCAGCUGAAAAAUGUUGACCAGGGCAUCUUCGUGCAGCUGGUGAAGGCCAACUCUCCGGCGGCGCUGGUGGGGCUGCGCUUUGGUGACCAGAUCCUGCAGAUUGAUGGCAAGAAUUGUGCAGGCUGGAGCAGUGACAAGGCGCAGAGGGCGCUGAAGAAGGCAUCCCCGGAGAAGAUUGUCAUGGUGGUGAGGGACAGACCGUUCCAGCGCACCGUCACCGUGCACAAGGACAGCACCGGGCAUGUGGGUGUCGUGGUGAAGAAGGGGAAAAUCGUGUCUCUGGCUAAGGACAGCUCUGCUGCCCGCAAUGGGCUCCUGACACACCACCACAUCUGCGAGGUCAAUGGUCAGAACGUCAUCGGCAUGAAGGAUAAACAGCUGAUGGAGGUGCUGGCUGGCGCAGGGAAUGUCAUCACUCUGACCAUCAUCCCUGCUGUCAUCUAUGAGCACAUGGUGAAACGGCUGUCACCGGGACAGAUGAAGUCAUCCAUGGACCGCUCCAUCCCCGACCUCUGAUGCAAUCCCCGCUGUUCCAGCACCUGGGGGCAGAUGCCGAUGUGGGCACCCCUGUGGCCAAGCCUGGAAGAGGGGAGGGAGCUCAAAGGAAAUGCUGGAGGUACCCCUUCAGCCCCCCAAAAAGAGCCCAUGAGAGCUACUGGUGUGACACCAUCCCAUGUCCACCAGUUCUCAGCACACGGACCAGGGUUGGGGAACGUGCUUCUGCCCCCAGUGCCUCUCCUUGUCCCCAUGUCCUCCCCCCGUGCCCUCCAUAUCCACCCCAGGGCAGACGCCAAAGGCCGUCUCCAGCGAAGCAGACACAGACCCAGCGACGUUUAUUACAUCCACCGCAGUACAGGACAGCGGAAACGAGAGAAGAGAGGGGGGAGGUUUACA